AUGACGGUCAUGCGAGUAAUGGGCACGGGUGGAGGAGAGACUCCAUGCCCAUCCGUAUCGCUGUUUCACAUCUUAUUAUUUGAGGGUCUUGCUCCUUGGCUCCGCGGUUUCACCUUUGUGAGAGGGAGACAAGACAGCUUUCUUGCACCAAGGAAGGAACAGCUGAAGACGCAGAGAAGACGCAGAGAAGGAAGAGAAGAAGAAAAGCCGAGAAGAGAGAAGAGAAAAGAAGACGACGAAGAAGACGAACCAAGGCAGCGAUUCUGCAAGACAAGGCAACGAAAAGGGCCUAGACUUGGGGCAGGAAGACUAACUAUACAAGAGAUACAAGAGACGUAUAAAAUCCUAGGGCCAAGAGAAGAGGAAGACGCAGAAGAAGAAGCAGAGGAGCAAAGAAGCAGGGACUUCCUUACCUCUCUUGACACGGCUGCGUCUUCCGGCCGGACACGAGGCAAGCACAGGGACGAGGGCGUCAAGGGCGUUCGGGUUCCCCAUCCGUCUCGUACUCUGUCUUCUCUUCUGCUUCUUUGGAUUCUUCUUCUCUUUUACCUACCAAAAGUUGAUACGCGGGAAGGCAGAAGGCAGAAGCUGAAGGGGCCAAAGUGUGAGCCCUUGAGACGCCUGAGACUUGGUGAGGGCGAGGAGGAAGGGAGAGACGAAAGAGUAACUUGCUGCCUCAAGCUGAGAGUCGAGAGUAAAGUCGACACCAGAGAAGACAGAAGACAGAAAGAUAAAAGUAGCAGAAGAGAAGAAUAA